AUGCGGGGAGCAGCGUCUGCCUCAGCACUUACUACUUCUGCGGCUUCCUCAACGUGGUCAACCAUUCCGCAUUCACGUACUCCCCCGCUCCAGUCUAACAUCGAGAAGGUGGGAGACAUAGUGCGACCGUCGUCCGCGACCGCACUUCUCUCAUCUCUAUCGACCUCUUCAUCAGGGAUCGAAGCGGGAACGUCGUGUGCAAGUACUCCAACCACGACGAAUACCUUUCCACCUCUGAUUGAAGAUUCAUCGAUUGAGGACGAAACUAUUGGAGACGAGGACGUCGAAACAGCUGAAAAACUGGUGAAGAGUUCGAUUGUGGUCCCAUCGCCGACGGACACAGUGUCACGUGUCACGCCGGCGAUAAUCAAUGACCCAGAUGGAAGUGGGAAGACGAUUGAAGAGGAGGAGAAAGAGCAGAAAGAGGAAAAAGAAGAAAAAGAAGAUGAUCGAAUGAGUGUUGAAGUGGAAUCCUCAACGGCGGAAGAAAAGGGGAUUCCAGAACCGGAAGAGGUUCCGAAACCUGAAGAUCCUGACUAUUCAACUCUUUCUCAGCCUGGACCUUCGAAGGAAUCGGAACCCCUGGAACCUGAAGAACCCUCCCCUGCCGUCGACGAGCCUAGUAUAGUGGAGAACAGCCCAACGCAAGACGGCGUGCUGCCGAGCACAUCGUCAGGAGCACCCGGUGAACUUGCCCCCUCUCCCGCCGAAAUGACAUCAUCGUCGUCAUCAAGGAAUCCAUUACGAAAACUUCGAUACUCCCUCCGAUUACCAGCAAAAGCUGCAUUACGAUUAAAAAGGAUAGCAAGCUUUCAGCCGGGAUCAUUGAGAAGAAUAGGAUUAAGUGCAUUGAAAAUAUCAGAAGGAGGAGAAUUAGUUCGAUUAGCUGAUGGACCACCACCAAGUAUUCCGGUGGCACCAGAGGUCACAGUUGAAUCAAGAAGUCCUUGUAUUCGACCAAGAUCUCAAGAUCAUCCAAGGGAAUUGAUAUCUUUGAGUCAUCAACUUCCAAUGAUACCUCCACAACAACCACCUCCUCCACAAGUUCCUCCUCAUAUGUUACCUCCACCUGUAAUGCAUCAAGCACAUCCUGGACAUCCUGGACAUCCGAUGGGUCAGCUAGCUCAACAAUUACUCCCUCCUCAUCAUCCUGGUGCUGCAAAUCAAGGAUUCAAAAUUAUAAAACAAGAACCUUCCUCUCAAUAUACUCCACAACCACAGCAACAUCCUCAACAGCAACAUCCGAUGCAUCAGCAACAACAACAGAUUCCACCUGGACAAUAUCCGCCCGGAAUCCAACAGCAUCCACAUCAAAUGCAUUCUGGAAUGCGUCAGAUGACGGCAGAAGAAUUUGCACAGUUGAGAGGAGCUCAGCAGAUCAAACAAGAGAUGUCCAACUCCAGUGGUCACCCAACACCGAUUCCAGGAACACCGCAACCCCAACAAAUGACACCUCAACCGAGUCAGAUGGUUGGUCCAACGGGAGUACCUCAACAAGGUCCACCAACUGGAGGUCUUCCACAACAACAGCAACAACCACAACCACCACAACUUGGACAUCCACCAAUGAAUCUACAACAACAGAGGAUACAACAACAGCCACCAACUGCAUCAAAUAGUCCACUCCUUAUUAGUAUGCUGUCAAAUCCAAAUCAACAGGUCCCGCAACCAGGAACAUUUGGAUCAGGUCAUCCACUCAAUAUGCAACAAAUUGCUCAAAUUCAACAACAAUCGCAGCAACAACAGCAACAACAACAACAUGCUGCUCAGCAACAACAGUUCCAGCAACGGAUGAUGCAACAGCAGCAACAGCAAGCGAUGCUCCAACAACAACAACAACAACAACAGCAACAACAACUGCAACAACAACAACAACAACAACAGCAACAACAAGGCCAACCACCACCUACAACUCCAGUUCCAGGGCAAGGAGGACCCCCUCAAGGAUACUUCCCAGGACAACCAGGACCCCCACCAGGAACACCUGGAAGGCCGAUACCUCCUCCGUUCGGAAUGGGUCAACCACAAAUGUUCCAUGGACCACAAGGACAAAUGAUUCAGAGGAUACCUUCAUAUCCUGGAAACGCAGGUCCGGGUCAACAAUUUCGGGUACCUCCUCAACAAGGACCACCUCAACAAGUUGGACAAGAUGCAGUUAUCGCAGAACCACCGAAAAAGAAGAAGAGACCAACGAAGAAACAAAAAGAAGCGGCGGCUGCUGCUGCAUUGGCGGAACAACAGCAACAACAGCAGCAACAAAUGCAAGCUUACUACGGACAACAGCAACAACAACAACAGGAAAGAAUGCAAAUGAUGCAGCAACAACAGCAACAACAGGGACAAAUGAUUCAACAAUAUCCAGGACAACAGGGAUAUCCAGGGAUGUCUCAAGGAGCAUUUCCACCGGGUUAUCAUCCAGGAGGACCUCCACCGACACCGCAACAACAACAAAUGUGGCAUCAGCAUCAGCAACAACAGAUGCAGCAACAAAGAAUGGCAAUGUUCCAGCAACAACAACAACAACAGCAAGCACAAGGUCAAGGACCACAACCAGGUGGCCCACCACAACAACCAAUGGGUCAAUGGCCUCCACAACAACGACAGCUUCCUGUUCCAUAUCCUUCCGGUACAAAUCAAAUGCCAGUGGAUCCAAAUCAGCCGCCACCCCAACAACCUCAACAACAUACUUCAAAUCAGGGGCCACCUGUUCCAGUAUCCAUGCAACAUCGGUUAUCUGGAGAGUUCGCACCUCCACCUGGAGCAUCAGGAGAAGGACAGAAUCAGCCACAACAACAUACGCCUGGUCAAUUCACCCCGAAUCAACAAGGAGGAUUCCAAAGAAGUGACUCGUCUGCAAGUGUUUACUCUGGCAGUCAGACACCCUUCGGACCGCAAGGACCUCAUUCUGGAUCUCAACAAGGACCAUCACAACCAGGUCCAUCUGCCCCACCUCCAGGACAACAUAGUGGUCAGCCUAGCUCUUCGAAUGAUAUUGGAGAAAAGGCAAUUGUGGAUCAGUUAUUGAAUUGCUCAGAGCCAUUGGCCGAUCUCGGAGAUCUUGCAGAACUCGGAGAUUUGGAAAUCGAGCCAAUGAUUAACGAUCUACAAGAUGGGCAGACUCCAAGUACUUCAAAUGGAGAAAACACGGAGAGAAAUGAUCGAUUAGAUGCAUCUAUAAGUGAAAUUGUUGAUCAAGUUGCCCGUUCUGGACGUGCUCGUGCAAACAGUGCUGAAUUGGCAGCUGUCGUUGAUCCACGUGGAAAUCAUUCAAUCAAUUCUCAAUUGCCAGCUGCAAGUCCUGGAGGAAGAAAUUUGUCACAUGAACAUAACAUGAGAGCUCAUGCAUUUCACGGAGCAAAUCGGAUGGAACCUAAUGGAAUGCCUUCUGGUGCAAUGAGAAUGGUCAAUGGACAUGAGACAAAGCCGAAAUUCCAAAACGGUGCUCGACGGCAGCCAUCGCAACAACACGUUCAACCAUCAGCACUCGGAUUGAUGCAACAACAAAUGAUGAAAGGAGAGGAUGAGACGAACGAUGCUAAAAUUGCGGAAUUUGCCAAGACGAUUAGUGAAAAGGACAAAAAGAUCAAAGCAGCUGCUGAAAGUAAAACGAAGUUACAGGCGAAAGCAACUCGAAAACCACGAACAAACAAGAAGGUUGCAAACGCAGCGAAUGCUGGAACACCCGGAAUGGCUCCACUUCCACAACAAAUGUCACUUCAACAUCAAAUGCAACAACAACAUCCGAAUGCACAAAUGAUGAUGCAAGGACAUCCAGGACAACAUCCAGGUCAUAUGCAGAUGCAUCCACAAAUGCAUAUGCAAAUGCAAAUGCAUCCACAACAACAGCAACAACAACACCCACAACAACACCCACAACAGCAUCCACAACUUCAUCAACAACAACAGCAUCAUGAAGAAAUGAUGAUGCAACAUCAUCAUCAACAGCAACAACAACAGCAUCUUCAUCAAAUGCCACUUCAUCAUUUGCCUCAACAUCCAAAUCAUGUACUAUCCCAACAACAACAACAGCCCCUUCCCGCCCCUCCACCUGUUUCAACUCCUCUUCAACAACCCCAGUCACAAUCUCAGGCAUAA